CUGCGCAUCUGGGACUGCUUCCUACUUGAGGGCCCCAAGGUUCUGUUCCGCUUCUCGCUGGCCAUUCUUAAGAUGCACGAGGAAGUGUUGCUCACGAAACAGGACACGGUGUCUAUCAUGCGCCAGCUGAAGGCCAUCGCUCGUCUUUGCUACGACGUGGACAUGCUCAUCAAGGUUGCUUUUGAAGAUUUGGAACCCUUUCCAAGACGGCAGGACAUUGCUGCAAAGCAGGCCUGCUUCCAAAAGAUACUCAGGGAACAGUCGAAGAAGCGGGAGCUUGAGAAGCACAGUGUUUUGUCCAGAGACAACACAGUGGCCACCGAUGGAAGCUGCUAUGGUGACAACGCGCUCAUCAUUGAGUGCGCAGCGGCUUGUGACUCUGAAACCAUUUGGGUCUGUCACGCCAGCUCUAACCUGACCCGACUUUCACGCGUGAACUGUGAAGACAGCGUGAUGUACAGGCUCAAAAUUGAGAUCGAGGCUCGAGUGAUCUGCAUGCACGCGCUGGGCAACGAUGUGAUGCUACUGGGAACCCUGUCACACUUCGUGCACGCCUACAGCACACGAACCAGAGAAAUGAAGUGGGAAGCCCAGCUUAAUGAAUCUGUACUGAGCCUCUGUUCCUACGAUGAGGACGACCAGUGCCAAGUGUUCGCAGGCUUAGCGGACGGUACCAUGGCUGUAAUCGAGAACUUCUCGGUGCACGCAGACAAGCCCGACGUGCUGUAUAUCCACAUCGGCAGCAGUCCUGUUACCUGCUUGAAGUUGGUCGACAAAAGGCUCUGGUGUGCCACGGGAAACAGGAUCAUCAUUCUGAGUGCCAGGACUUUGGACACAGUGGACCAGUUCCAAGUAUCGCCCAGCAGCCUGGACUACAUAUCGCUGCUUCAGCCAUGCUCAGCGGAGGACCCCGCGACCGACCAUUGUGUCUGGCUCGCGUUGCGCGGCUCUUCCGUGCUGCAGCUAUGGGAUGCCCAGGCCCUCACCUGCAAGAUGCUCUAUGAUGUGCGCGACGACCGCUACCCCCGCUCGCCCAGGCAACAAGAAGAAGACAACGAGCUGAACCCAGCGCGCGUCACGGCCCUGUUGUCUCUGCCAGGAAGCGUGCUGGUGGGCACAGCUCAGGGCUUUCUCAUUAUCUACCAUCUGCUGCCGAGGUGCUUGGCCUCAACCGACUGCAGGACUGACUCGAGCACUGAAGUUUCAUCGGUCGCCAAGUUCGUUCCCGCACCUUCGCCAACAAUGGAUGACCGAUCCAUAGGCCAAGAAUCCGAAGCGAAAGCUCGAAAUGACAGCAGCUACGCCACAUCCACCCCCAAGAACGUAACGAAGCCUGCGGGAGGCUCGUUGACUGCGUAUAAAAGUGACGAUUGUGUGAAUGAUACGAGUGGCAGCCAGCAUUCUUUCCGCACGGUCAUCAGCAAGUCCACUAGUUGCCUGUCGUCUUCCCCGAGGAAUACGUCAGAGGAGGAAUCUUCCCCGACUUCAAAGAGGCGUAGUGCAACUAAGCUGAAAGGUGUCAAGGAGGUUUAUGACGCUACACAAGAGGAGGCGACAGUAGACGUGAGCGAAGGCAUACUGGGUGACCAUAGAGACAAACAGGCUACCCGAGACAGCCGGGGCAACAUGUGUAAUUCUUGCGUACCGCCAACCGCUUUUGCGAAAGAAAUGAAGUCGUCGGUGGAUAGCCACUUGAAUGAAGUGAAAAAGAGGAACGAAUGCCUCGACGAAAGCCAACUUUGUCUAGAGUCGUCUUCUGGUCGAAAGGUUUGUCGACGCAUCAUGGAUCCAUCAGAGAUUAGCAUCUGUCCUGUUGCCGAAGUGUGCAAAGAAGACUCGCGCAAGUGGAGUCUCCGGACGGCUGAUAGUUGCGUCUCUAUGAUCGAGUUGGCAGCACCGCUACGGAAGCAGUCUUCGUGGAGCUCCACCAAUACUACACUCAGCCACAUGCUGAAACGACACAACGCCAGCGUCGAUUGCCUCCCUGCCUGGCUCAGCCGGGACACGCUCAGUUCGUCAUUGACAAGCGACAGUUACGACUUCGACGACUUCUUUGUACAGUACGCUGACGACGGUACACCCUCUCUGGCUGGCCAUGACUCGCAAGUGAUCCCUGCCUCAGCUUGUUUCGCAAGCGAAGAGGCACAGCGGUUGCUUGAGCGACUAACUGUGCCAACAGUGUACCUCACUAUGGGCAGCCAGGAAGAGCGCUCCAGCACGGGUUCUUUCUGGACAGAGAAUGAUGACGGUGCCGAAACGUCCACCACUCAUGAAGCUACGACUAGCGAAUGGCCUGAGGGGCCUUCGUACGACGGCAACCAGCCAAGCAGCGACUUAGGCAGCAACAUCUCUUUUAGCAGCAUGGACCCCCAGUAUGCAUACGAAGUACUCGUGCAGGAGAGAAUCAAGAUCUCUGACAAGGCCAUCCGCUGCCUUGUUGAACUGAGGCGUAAAGGUGGCUCUAUAGUUAUCAGUGGAGCUGGUUGCUACGGUGACGAUGAAUCUGUUUUGAAGUGGACCGAAGAAGGAGAAGAGAAACUCUGGACAAACGAUCCGGUGAUCGAGGUCUGUCCGUACACCAACACGAUCAAGCCGUCGCCGUACACGCGGUCCCGACUGCCCCGGAAGGUGUCAGUUGCGCAAACGAACGGGCAGGCGCGGACCGUGGACGGAGCAGCUGUGGGCGUGGCGGGUGGUCCUUGUGGAGGCGGCCUCAUGCAGCGCAGCAGACCACUCCUCGAGGCGCCAAAGGCAACCAGCUCCAUGGGCGCUCGCCUGGCGCGCAUGCAGAGCAUGUUUGUCAAGAGCACGGAAAAGGGCUGAUCGACUUGGACUUGCGCUGGCCGAAGGUUUCUCCAUGCUCUUCGACUGGACGAACGCUGCGUGGACGUGUGUUGAAGUUGUAAGCCAGAAUAUGUUAGUCUCAGCGUUCUCGCGCGUGUUGUUAUAGACACCGAAAAAAAUGUUUUUUUCAUGUUUUAUGAAGGAAUUGUUAUGAAAGAGCGCUGUCUGGCCUCGUGCGUACGAACUCUGCUUCAUCAGGAUUCCAAAGUGCUGUAAAAAAUUCAAUAUCAGCUAAAUAGUAGUCAUGACACUAAAGCUAACAUCCAUUACAAGUAGGUUCCAAAUUCGACUGGCGUAAAAUUACAAAUAGGGAAUUUCAUAUAAGUGAACUAAAUGUAUGCGUUCAUGUAUUUUUUUUUCUUUUGUACUCCCCUAUCUUUCUGCCGCUUUGCUGCUGAAUCUAUUGUGCUUCAACUAAUUUAGCAGAUUUUGUGACUCCCAGAUAUCAGGCUUAUCUUUCACCGUGAAUAGCAGGGGUCGGCUACUUGAGGCCCCCGCCACAACGUCAACGCCACCUCCAUUCUUUCUGUUGUCACUUCCUAUAUGCAGGCCGACGACCCUGUUUUGACUUAAAAUGCGAUUUGCGCUUAUAACCUGUAGAUGUGUGACUGAAACUUGUGGACAUUAGUGCUGGAAAUAAACAUGAUUUUUAACCCACUACCCCCAAAUAAUGCCACAUCGCCAAGCUUGUACGCUUUACCUGCAAAGCCCCCUUCUCCCUCCUCCACUACAUCACUCCUUACGAUUUGCCGUCCCGCACUCUGCUGUGUCGGCAUCAUGCAACUUGUCUCACCGUGUCACUAGGUAGCCGGCCCCUGGUUUAUGGUGGGGGACGCGCAGGAUGUGCGCCUUGAGUAGGAUACUCGGCCACUCAACGCUACGACCUUUCUUCUGUCGUGCGUGUUUCACAUACACGCCAUGCAUGUCUGUUGCCAGCCGAUUUCAGAAAGCUAGGCAAUGAUGUAAGCGAUGCCUAUCUGCGCGCUAGGUCGGAAUCGUGACGUAUAUGCAUAUGUUAAAUAAGAACGGUGUUUAAUCUUAAUGAAUAAGCAGA